AUGGAGCUCUUUGCCGGCUUCAACGCCGAGGAACUGGCAAUGAUGCAAGAGUUGCUGCGACUAUUGGUCGAGGACGACGACGCACAGCCGAUACCGGGCAGCACGCCCGCCGCCGCCCGCCACGACGGUCAGAGUCUGUUUGAAGGCCUCCCCGGGGCCUCUCCGAAACUACCAGGCGCGACCUCCUUUGACGGCUACUACUUGUGGAACAUGGGCGGCCCCAGUGCCACGGCGUGGAACGCACCGCCACCGCCUGCCGGGAUGGCCCCCGCGCCUCCGCUCCCUCCCAAAGCCAAUCGAACGCGGACACGGAGCACGUUUGCCAGCGACGACGAGCCGAUGCUGAAACGCGGCCGCGCGGACGUCGCGCCGCCAAUGAACCGCAUUGCGGUCCCGGAUGGCGCGUACUGCUACUAUUAG